AAACAAGUGGCGAUGAUUACUCUCUUUGUUUUUGUAUCUGCCAAACCGCUUGAUAUAAACGCAGACCUCCUAAAACCCUUUCAAUUCACUGCUCUCUCUGCUUCCAAUUUCUUCAAUCUUCUUCAACUUUCAAUCCUCGUUUCCAUUCCAAUAUGUCUUCCUUCAAGAGCAAGUACCAGGAUGAGCUCAUAGCCAAUGCUACCUACAUUGGCACUCCUGGGAAGGGUAUCCUUGCUGCUGAUGAAUCAACUGGUACCAUUGGUAAACGUCUAGCGAGUAUCAAUGUAGAGAAUGUCGAGUCCAACCGACGUGCACUCCGGGAACUUCUCUUCCUCACUCCCGGUGCCCUUCAAUAUCUCAGUGGAGUUAUCCUGUUUGAGGAGACUCUCUACCAGAAGACAGCUGCAGGCAAGCCAUUUGUUGAUGUCUUGAAGGAAGGUGGUGUGUUGCCUGGCAUCAAGGUUGACAAGGGUACUGUUGAACUUGCUGGUACUAAUGGUGAAACAACCACACAAGGUCUUGAUGGUCUUGCUCAGCGCUGCCAAAAGUACUAUGAAGCCGGUGCUAGGUUCGCCAAAUGGCGUGCAGUGCUCAAGAUCGGUCCUACUGAGCCUUCACAAUUGUCUAUCAACGAGAAUGCCUAUGGAUUAGCUCGGUAUGCUGCUAUCUGCCAGGAGAAUGGUCUUGUUCCCAUUGUUGAGCCUGAGAUUCUGGUUGAUGGACCUCACAGCAUUGAGAAAUGUGCUGAAGUGACAGAGCGUGUUCUUGCUGCGUGUUACAAGGCCCUGAACGAUCAUCACGUCCUUCUCGAAGGAACUCUGUUGAAGCCCAACAUGGUUACCCCUGGAUCUGAAGCUGCUAAGGUUGCCCCAGAGGUGAUUGCUGAAUACACGAUUCGGGCUCUACAACGUACUGUCCCUGCUGCAGUUCCAGCCAUCGUUUUCUUGUCAGGCGGGCAGAGUGAGGAGGAAGCAACCCUCAACCUCAAUGCCAUGAACAAACUGAAGGGAAAGAAGCCAUGGUCGUUAUCUUUCUCGUUUGGACGUGCCCUUCAGCAGAGUACUCUCAAGGCAUGGGCAGGAAAGGAGGAGAAUGUUGAGAAGGCAAGGGCUGCUUUCCUCACAAGGUGCAAGGCGAACUCGGAGGCAACCCUCGGAACAUACAAGGGUGAUGCAGAGCUCAGUGAGGGUGCGGCAGAAAGUCUUCAUGUAAAGGAUUAUAAGUACUGAAAAGGGUUUUAUUUUGCUGUUUCUAUUGUUAUUCUGUUUUGUUUUAGUUUGUUUAAUUAAGCAUGAGGUAAAAGAGCAUUCUGACAUGUGUUGAUGAGGCUCAUCAGGGACAACAAUAAGCCUUUUGAAGAAGCUUUUUUGUUUUGUUUUGUUUUGUUUUCUUUUCUUUUCUUUUUGUUGGGGUUGGUUGAGGGAGCUGUUCUGGUUUUUCUCUUUAAGGAAAAAUAGGAAUUUAUCUAUCUUUACAUUCAAUUUUACCCUUUUUAUUUGUG